CCUAUUUCCAAUUUCUUUUCAAACAAGGACUCUGUCUUUUGUCUCUACUUGCCCUACCACUUUCCUUGCACCAACACUUGAAAAUCUCAAAUCUUGUAUAUAUAUCAACAAACAAACACAAAUUCUAUAUAUCAUUCAUAACAAAACAUAACCAUGGAGUCGAAAUCUUCUUCUUCUUCUCUACCUUUGUUUGCUCUGUUCAAUUUUUUCCUCAUAAGUUUUUGCAGAUGGGUUUCUUCUACACGUAUCUUUUUAUCAAGAUUCGUCCCUCUUCUUCAACAUCAUCAACGCGUUUUCGACAAAAAGAACAACAAAGACCAACAAGAGACUUUGACCAAACAAGAAGAUGAUGAUGAUGAUGAUGAUGAUGAUGAUGAUGAUGAUGAUGAUGAUAUUGAUAUUUCUAGAGAAGAGGCAGAGAUGGUUAUGAGAAGCUUAGGGCUUUUUUACAACGAUGAUCAGCUUCAAGAACAAUACAGUGCAAAAGAAGUCUCGAGUUUGUUCGAAGAGAAAGAAGCGAGUUUGGAAGAAGUCAAACAAGCUUUUGAUGUGUUUGACGAAAACAAAGAUGGUUUCAUUGAUGCUAUAGAGUUACAGAGAGUUUUGACAAUCUUAGGGUUUAAACAAGGAUCUUACUUAGACAAUUGUUUGGUAAUGAUUAGGUCAUUAGAUGGGAACAAAGAUGGAAAAAUCGAUUUUAACGAGUUUGUUAAAUUCAUGGAGACUAGCUUUUAUUGAACCAAAAAGUUUUGUAAUGACAUUCAUUCUUUAAUCUAAUGUUAAUACUUCAUUAAACCAUGUCUCUUUGUGGUAUUUAAUCGAACACUUUCCAUGCACAAAGUGUUUUCGUGUGUUUAAGAUAAAAACUAAUCAGAUA